AUGAUUUCAAUUGUUAAUGGUACUUCCACGCAUUCGUUGGUUGCUGGAACCAAAGAAACAUUGAGCCAGGCCAUUAAUUUCUACACAAAUAUCCUUGGGUUGUCCGUACAUUCAGAAAAUGACGACUUGACAUAUUUAUCAAAUGAAGACAACAAAAUGAUUGUCAAAAUCAAAUUGGACGCAAAAACUGGUUUGUCUCCAUCCCAAAUUCAUGACAGAAGAGAAGAUAUAAUCUCCAAAUUGAAUGUCAUCGAUUGGAGAUCAUUGGAUACUACCAAUGUCUUUAAAGUUGAAAACUUGGUUGCCUUGAUUGAAACUUUGUCUACUUAUAGAUACACUUUACAAAUUACCCCAAACGAAUUGUAUCCUAAUGAAGUUUACUGUGUUGAUCCAUUGGGUUAUAUUGUUGGUUUCACAGCUUGUGCCGAACCAUUGACCCUUGUGCCUCCAUUACAAAAAGCCAAUCCAAAAUUUGACGGAGCCUCCAACUUGAUGAGCAAAUCUGGAUCCCAAUCUAGAUCUGUUGAAGAAAUCAAACAAGUUAGAAGAAACAUUGGUGUUAUGACUUCUGGUGGUGAUUCCCAAGGUAUGAAUGCUGCCGUUAGAGCUGUUGUCAGGGCCACUAUCUUCCGUGGCUGCAAAGCUUUUGUUAUUAAAGAAGGUUAUGAAGGUUUGGUUAAAGGGGGCCCUGAAUAUAUCAAAGAAACCAAUUGGCAAGAUGUUAGAGGGUACCUUUCUGAAGGUGGUACUAACAUUGGUACUGCUAGAUGUAUGGAAUUCAAAGAACGUUGGGGUAGAUUAUUGGGUUGUAGACAUUUGAUUGAAGCCGGAAUUGACGGUUUGAUUGUCUGUGGUGGUGAUGGUUCCUUAACCGGGGCUGAUCUUUUCAGACACGAAUGGCCAUCAUUGAUUGCUGAAUUGAAAGAAAAGGGUGAAAUCACUGCAGAACAAUACGAAAGACACAAGCACUUGUACAUUUGUGGUAUGGUUGGUUCUAUUGAUAAUGAUAUGGCCAUGACAGAUUCCACCAUUGGUGGUUACUCUGCUUUGGAAAGAAUCUGUAGAGCUGUUGACUACAUUGAUGCCACUGCCAGUUCCCAUUCCCGUGCUUUCGUUGUUGAAGUUAUGGGUAGACAUUGUGGUUGGUUGGCUUUGAUGGCUGGUAUUGCCACUAGUGCCGAUUAUAUUCUUAUCCCUGAAAAACCAGCCUCUUCUAAAGACUGGAAAGAUCAAAUGUGUGACAUUGUUGGUAAACACAGAGCUAAAGGUAAGAGAAAGACCAUUGUCAUUGUUGCUGAAGGUGCCAUUACUUCUGAAUUGAAACCAAUCACCUCUGAAGAAGUUAAAGAUGUCUUGGUUGAUAGAUUAGGUUUGGAUACCAGAAUCACUGUUUUGGGUCAUGUCCAAAGAGGUGGUACUGCUGUUGCUUAUGAUAGAAUUUUGGCUACUUUGCAAGGGGUUGAAGCUGUUAAAGCUAUUUUGGAAUUGACCCCAGAUGUUCCAUCCCCAUUGAUUGCCAUUGAUGAAAACAAGAUUUGCUGCAAACCAUUGGUUGAAGCCGUCAAGAUUACCAAAUCUGUUGCUGAUGCCAUUGAAGCUCAAGAUUUCGACAAGGCCAUGUCAUUGAGAGACCAUGAGUUUAAGGAACAUUUAGCCAACUUUAUGGCCAUGAAUUCUGCUGUUCAUGAAAAACCAACUUUACCAGUUGAAAAGCGUAAGAAGAUUGCUAUUGUCAAUAUUGGUGCUCCAGCUGGUGGUAUGAAUUCUGCAGUUUAUGCCAUGGCCACUUAUUGUAUGUCUAGAGGUCACACUCCAUACGCCAUCCACAAUGGUUUUGCUGGUUUGGCCAGACACGAAUCUGUUAAACUGAUGAAUUGGAUUGAUAUUGAAGGUUGGAACAGUAUUGGUGGUUCAGAAAUCGGUACCAACAGACAAACACCUGAAGAUACUGAUAUUGGUAUGAUUGCACACUAUUUUGAAAAAUACCAAUUCGAUGGUUUGAUUAUUGUUGGUGGUUUCGAAGCAUUUGUUUCUUUAGAACAAUUGGAAAGAUCUAGAGCUAUGUACCCAGCUUUCAGAAUUCCUAUGGUUUUGAUCCCAGCUACUAUUUCCAAUAAUGUUCCAGGUACUGAAUACUCUUUGGGUGCUGAUACAUGUUUGAACUCCUUGAUGGAAUACUGUGAUAUUGUCAAACAAUCUGCAUCUGCCACUAGAGGUACUGCUUUCGUUGUUGAUGUUCAAGGUGGUAACUCUGGUUAUAUUGCUACAUAUGCUGCUUUGAUCAGUGGUGCCCAAGCCUCAUAUGUUCCAGAAGAAGGUAUUAACUUGUCUCAAUUAGAAAAUGAUAUCAACUCAUUGAGAGAAUCCUUCUGUAUUGAAAGAGAAAUGACCAAAUCUGGUAAAUUGAUCAUCAAGUCCAGUAAUGCCUCCAAGGUUUUGACUCCACAUGUAUUGGCCGAUAUUAUCAAUGCUGAAAGUCACGGUGAAUUUGAUACCAAGACUGCUAUUCCAGGUCAUGUUCAACAAGGUGGCUUGCCAUCUCCAAUUGAUAGAGCCAGAGGUGAUAGAUUUGCCAUUAAAGCUGUUCAAUUUAUUGAAGACCAUGCUGAUGAUUUGAGUGGCUUGAGAUACUCUUUGGAAUUCCCAGAUGAUGAUAAGAAGAUUAUGAACACAGCUGCUGUAUUGGGUGUUAAAUCAUCACACUUGAAGUUCACUUCCAUCAGACACUUGUAUGAUUUUGAAACUGAAUUGGGUAGAAGAAUGCCAAAGAAGAUUCAUUGGAGUAACACUAGAGAAAUUGCUGAUAGAUUGGUUGGUAGAACCAGAAUCUAA